GAGCAGCAGCAGCAGCGGCGGCGGCAGCAGGAGGAGGAGGAGGAGAAAGAGGAGGAAGGAGUUUCUGCGGCCACACCAAAGCGCGCUAUCAGCCGCUGAAAGCUGGCCGCGCGAGCCGGGUGGGGGGCCGCUGAUAGAGGGGAGAGGCUGCCCGGAGGGGAGGGGGGGACACGGAGACUCCCUCCUCGGUGUCGGCGGUGACGGAGGCAGCAGAGCCGCAGCCAUGGAUCCCGCGCGCUGCCGUGCGUGAGAGGUGAGAGCCCCCGUCCUGCGAGGGACACCUGUCACCCAGUCAGCUGGCGCCAUGAUCCCGCGUAACAUGCGAACAGGUGGCUAUCAGCUGCCGGGGGUGGAGUCCAGUGAAGUGCCUCUCAUUGGCUACCGGCCGCUAUCACCUGACAGAGGACCCCUGAGCAGCCAUGCAGGGAGGAGGGGAACCAGCGAUGACCUGGAAACUUCACAGGCAGAGCUGUCACCGAUGAAGACCACCUGGUACUGUCCCCUCGAUUUGUCCACAGUGGCAGAAGAGGAGGACGAUGGAGUGAUCUACACGGUGGUGGUCAAGCAGCACGCCGCCCCCCACGGCCCCAUGCCGGCCGUUUGUCGUUCUCAGUGCGUGAAGGCGGGGACGGAGGAGAAGCUGGUGCUCCACCUCCUCCACUCCUUCUCCAUGGGGGACUCCUCCUACAUCACCAUCUUCCUCUCCACGUACCGCUCCUUCACCUCCACCGAGCGAGUGCUGGACAUCCUCACUGACAGAUUAGAGAAUCCGCCCGGCGACAGCGAGCGAAGCCACGUCAGACAGUCUUUCAACAAAGCGGUGUGCACCGUCUUCAGGACGUGGCUGUCCGAGUAUCCGGAGGACUUCCAGAGUCUGGGAAAUCCCUCUUGUUUGCUCCGCUUGGCUCCACUCCUCCCUCAGGACUCCUCCUCUGCAGCUGACCUCCGCGCUCAGCUCCUGAGGAUCGCCGAGGAGCUCAGCGAGAAGGCCCUGCUCCUCCACUCCCGCAGAGAUCAGUUCAGUUUGGACAGCCCCCCUCCCGACCCGUCCCUGUUUGAACCCACCAGCGUUCUGGGGUUUCCGUCGUCGCUCAUCGCCGAGCAGCUCACCAAGAUAGAAACGGAGCUGUUUGUCCGUCUGGUCCCGUACCACUGUCUCGGCUCUCUGUGGUCUCAGCGGGACAAGAAGGGCAGGGAGGGCGUCUGUUGGUCCGUCCGGGCCACCGUACGUCAAUUCAACAAGCUGGCGAACGCCGUUUUAGCAUCCUGUCUUUGGCCGACAAAGCUGCGCAGCCAGCAGAGGGCGCGGCUGCUGGAGAAGUGGAUCGGCGUGGCAGAGGAGUGCAGAGCCAGGAAGAACUUCUCCUCGCUGUACGCCGUGGUUUCGGCGCUGAAGAGUAACCCCAUCCACCGGCUCAGGAGAACGUGGCACGACACCGACAGAGAGGCCUUGAGGAGAUACGAGGAGCUGGCGGAGAUUUUCUCCGACAAGGACAACUACUCGCAGACGCGGGAGCUGCUGAAGGAGGAGGGAACAUCAAAGUUCGCCAACCUUGACAACAGGAUCAACAACAGACACAUUUCCCGGUCCAACGCUCAGGGCACCGUGCCGUACCUGGGAAUCUUCCUGACCGACCUCACCAUGCUGGACACGGCCGUCAAAGACCGUCUGGAUAACGGCUACAUCAACUUUGACAAAAGGAGAAGGGAGUUUGAGGUUUUAGCUCAGAUCCGCCUCCUGCAGUCUUCCUGCAAAAACUGCGUCUUCGUCAGUGAUGAGACCUUCCUGCAGUGGUACCACAGCGUGCCCACGCUCACCGAGGAGCAGAGCUACAGGCUGUCCAAUGAAAUCGAACCUGUGGAGCAGAGCCCCCGCAGCCUGGCCCCCUCUGUCAUCAUCACGCAGUGUCCAGAUUUGAGCACGUCCCGGAGCAGCCUGUCAGGCGACGGCGAGGGUUUCUUUGACUUCCACUCUCCGGUCAACAAUCUCCUGUCCAAACUCACCAAGCACAUGAGGUCCCCCUCUGUAUCCUGUCUGGAUGUCGACACGUCGCCUCCAACCAAUGAGUCCACCCCCGCCUCCCUGACUCCCUCCACCCCCACAAAGUCGCACCGCAGAUCCGCCUCCUGCGGCAACAACCCCGUCGCCAGCGUCCAGGGGUCCGGGCCCGAGAUGCGGAUCAUCAAGAUUCGGAUGGAGCUGCACGAUGGAAACUUGUACCGAAGCAUUCUGGUUACCAGCAAUGACAAGACCCCCACUGUGGUCAGCUCUGCCUUAGAGAAGCACAAUCAGGACCCCAAACAGGCAUCGAGAUAUGAGCUGAUCCAGCUCCUGCCUGAAGGAAAAGAACUCGUCAUCCCGCCCACGGGAAACGUCUUCUACGCCAUGUCCUCAUCCAGCGUUGACUUCCUGUUGCGGAGGAAAGGCGGGAACACUCCCUUUGGCUCGCCGUCCAUCAGCCCAGAGACCAGCGCCACCUUUCCUCGGAUCAAGGCCAAGGGGCGGAGACUGGUCCGGACUUUAUUUUGACGAAAGCUUCAUCCGGAUUUAUUUUACUGAACACAUAAAUCUGCCAUAACACCAAAAACAAGUAGUUUGUGGGCGUGCUGAGUCGGCACUCCUGAGCGAUAUGCAUCACUAGCUCCCAGCGGGAAGCAGGUGCUGGUUUCCCUGUUUGUUAAAAUUCCAGAGCGGAGAGAAGCUCGGAGUUCCCCGCUUGGCAGUGAAGCGCUGCCGUAUGCAGAUGAGUCUUUGUUUUGUAUAUAUUUCUAUAUUUUUUGUAUGACGUCAGUGUUGUGUUUACACUGACAGAGCUCCAGCUUCCUGGUUGACAAGUAACAAAAAAACCCAUAAAAGCAGAAAGAAAGUGGAUUCUUUUAACCCUCCGUCUCAGCUGAAAGCUGCUCUCAUCACUGUUUGACAUGAACAUGGAGAAUGGCGCCAAGGAUUAUACCAAAUCUGCUUCUGUCAAGCAUUUUAGCCUUAUUUUGCAUCCUGAACUCAGCUUCUUUAAAGGCUGCAUCCAACAAAUAAGAAAACAAUAUGUCAGCAGAUCUGAAAAAGAUUUAAAAAAUGUGUUAAAACACUAAAGUUUAGCAGGAAAAAUUGCAGCUUUGAAAAAGCACUUUACGUCUGUUUUUAUACCUGAGAGGUUACCGGAGCUAAGCCUCCGUUUCCCAUCAGCCUCAGCUCCAUUUUCACAAGAUCUGAACCCUCCCACGGGAAUCCUGUGACCCCAGGUCAGCCCACUUGAAGCUAAUGAGGUCGCUCGAUCGGCUGAAGCGCAGGCGUUAGCAGGACCGGGAGAGGAUUCUGGGUAAUACUGCUGAUGUUUGACUGUUUUAGUGCCUUCCUCUUCUGGGUGCUCACCUUUGUCAUGUGCUGAAUGUACCGAGGACACAUGGAGGAAACGCCGCCGCCUCCAGCGCUGUUGUUUGACAUCAAAGCUAUUUAUGCACUACAUACAGGAUGUCUUAUUUUUGUGGUAAUAAAUUACUUUUAUAUGAACUUGG